AUGAAAUGGGCAGAGAAGACCUUCGGCUGCCCGACAGAAUGCACCUGUGACCAGUGGAGAGUGAACUGCGAAGGAAAGAACUUAAGCCAUGUCCCAAGCAAAAUUCCACUGACUACCAAAGAACUGAUGCUGCAGAAGAACAAUAUCACUUCUCUACCACACAUAGACCUUAAUUAUUUAAGUGAAUUGGUUUAUCUGGACUGUAGCCAAAACCAGCUAAAACUGGACCCGCACUUUUCCUUUACUGGUCCAACCAAGUUGAUAUACUUGGAUCUCAGUGUCAACAGGAUUGCGUAUGUCUCUCACCAUACUUUAUCACAGCUGGAAAAGCUGAUGCUCCUGAAUCUCUCCAGCAACCCAAACCUAACGCUGAUUGAGAAAGAAGCUUUCAGAGGCAACCCCCUGCUGAUGUACUUGGAUGUGAGCGGCUGUGGCCUGAAGCACGUCGACGACGAUGUGUUCGAACAUCUCAGCAACCUUCAUAUUUUGGGGAUAAAUAACAACCCCUGGAGGUGUGACUGCGCCUUGUUGGAAUUUUGCACCUGGAUAGAAGAGACAACAAUUGAGCUUACGAACACUGCCGACAUCCUCUGUAAAGAACCCAAGGCCUUUCAGGAUCAUCAGCUUUUCGGCAUGGUGCAACACGGCCUCCAUUUCGCUUGCCUUGUGCACUUAGAAACCCACGAUUUCCUAAUUAUGGCUCUGAUUGCCUUCUGCAUAUUUUUUGGUGGAAUAUUCGUGGCUUGGUUGGUUGGCAUAAGCACAGUGAUGUACUAUCAUCCUAUCAUGAAGGCCGACGACGAAUCUGAUGAGGAGGAGUGCAGGAUGACUUAA